AUGGAUGGAAUGGACGUUGACGAGCCGGCCGUGCCCCCUGCGUACACAGCAGCCAAGUUCGCCAUGAACAUGAUCGACCCAAGCUUGUAUCCCGACGGGGUCGCGCCGGAGCCAGAUACUGUUAUGGAGGCCGACGAAGAUGAAGUGGCGAGCAACAUUUCAGCCGACUCGGACGCCGUGGAGCUGCGCGCCGAGGUCGAACGGUUCGACCAGCAGCAGGAAGCCUUUGUCGCCCGCCAACGAGCUGAAGCCUCCGGCAUCCCCUACCAGCCACCACCAGCUCGGAAAGCAGGCCGCAAACAGAAGCCCAAAAGGAGAACCGGCCCUCGAAAGGCAGUUGAGCUCCCGCCCGACAUCCGGUUUCGCAUGUCCCUCGCCAACGAAGCCUUCCAGCAGCAGGAAUACGACAAGACGGUCGCCCACCUCUCCGAGAUCAUCCGCAUCAACAGCGAGGUCUUCAACGCCUGGAUGCUCCUGUCGACGGUCCACGAGACGCUGGGCAACCGGGAGCAGGCCAUCUGGUGCCGCAUCUCGGCCGCCCACCUGACGCCGCGCGACGUGCAACAGUGGAUCUCGACGGCCGAAUACGCGCUCGAGUGCCUCGAGGAGCUCGAGGACGGCACCCCGGAGAAGGACGAGGUGCUGCAGCGCGCCUACGCCUGCUACACCCAGGCGCUCGAGACGGACCGCUCCAACAUUGUCGCGCGCACGGGGAGGGCUGACGUGAUUAUGAUGCAGGGCAACGCGAGCAAGGCGUUGGCCGAGUACCAGAAGGCGCUGAACUACAAGCCGUGGAACAUCCGGACGGUGCGGAACAUCGCCGAUGUCGCGCUGGAUAUCAGGGACCGCAGGAAGGGGGCAGAUAUCGCGAAGGGCGCGUACAGGCGGCUGAUUGACCAUUUGCAACAGAGCGGGACGUUCGAGGCCGAGGAGGGAAUGUUUGAGUGGUCGGAUUUGAGGAUCUAUCUCGAGUUCUUCACCACCCUCGAGCAGUGGCAGGAGGGCGUUCAGGAGCUCAAGGAGCUCUCGCGCUGGUUACUGGGUCGGAGGUCCGAGACGUACUGGGACCAGUGGUCGGAUGACGACAGGGAGUGGGAUAUUUAUGACGACAGGCGGGUUGUAGUGCCCGGGUUUGAGCCAGCCCGGUUUCCUCAAGAGUGCUACGGCCAGGGGCUCCCCAUUGAUCUGCGAGCGAAGCUGUACGUCUACCGGGGCAAGCUUGGCUUUGAGUACGAGGCAAAUUUGCACUUGCAGUUGCUCGACCCGACGAGGGAGGAGGACUUUAUCGACUUUCCGGACUGCCUCAAGGACAUUGCCCUCACGCUCUUGGACCGGGACAGGCCGGACGAUGCGAUCCGCUACCUUGAACUUUACAGACAUAUCGCAACCACGACCGGAGAGAUUUCGCUGGACGCUGAUUUUUCCGUCUGCCAGGGCCGGUACCAUAUGGCGCGCGGAGAGAAAGUAGCUGCCGAAGAAUGCUUCAUUGCGGCCAUCGAGGAGGACGAAGACAACAUUGAGGCCCGUGUCCAGCUCGCGAAUAUGUAUGAGGGCGAGGAUAUGCAAGAAGGCCGCGAGGAAGCGUUCUUACUGGUUCGAGAAGCAAUGAAAUUGGAAGCAAGACGUGGCGACGGGACUGGGAGGCGACGUGGCCCGUAUGGGCCUCGGAAACCGAGGGAAGGCAAACCCCGGCCUCGGAGACCCCGGGACCCGAACAGGAAGUCCAACUAUGUGCCGCGGCGACUGAUAAACGCCGAGAAGAGGAGGCAGCAGGAGCUGGAAAGGACGGCCGAGGCGGCCAAGAACUUCCAGCGCCUACAAGAGGUGCAAGAUCUAGCGUUGGCUGGGGACGAACAGGCCAAGUCAGAGUGGAUGCAAGCGGCCAAGAAGCUCGUCGACGACUUCAGAUCGUACAAGCAGUUCUACCCGUGGGAGAAGUAUAUCAAAUUCCUUGGAUAUUCUGGCAACGUGGAAGGACAGGCAGCGGUUCCAGCUAGGAACAUGAAGCUCGCUGCCAUGGAAGAGCGGUUGCGACAGAACCUCGCACCUGUCGAGGGCCAGGAGCAGACCGUCAGGCUGCCAAUCAGGAUCCCGACGGAGCAUCGCGGCAUCUCCUUCGACACGUGGCUAGACAUCUUCCUCAACUACGCAUUCAGUCUCGUCCGCGCAGGCCAGCAUCGCGAGGCGUACGUCGUGUGCCACGCCGCGCGGGACUCGGUUGUCUGGACAUCGACCGACGCAACCUUUCUCAUCCACGUCGCCUGGGCCUCGUGCGCCGUUUACGCAGGCGACGAGGAGACGUGCGUGGCCAUCGCCCGCUACUUUAUGCGCGACUACAUGCCGGGAACCGACUCGUACCGCAUGUUCUCUGCCAUGUGCCGCGUGUGCCAGACGCCCGUAUCCUGGUAUACGUCGGGCCCGGCUCAGAAAUUCAUCCUCCGGCAGAUCAAGACCAUGGAUAACAUCGUCAUGCGGCGGGACAACGCCGCCGCCACCACCACCACUACCAACGCUCCCAACAACGGCGACGACAACAACAGCAACGACCCCAACAACAUCGCCCUCGACGUCGCCCUCCUCACCAUCUACGGCCACAUCCUCUUCACCACCACGUCCUACACGUACGCGCUCUCCUACUUUGCCCGCGCCGCCUCACUCGACCCGUCCAACGCGCUCAUCAACCUCAGUACGGGGCUCGCGUACGUGCACUACGCGCUCAAGCGCCAGGCCACCAACCGGCAGUACCUGCUUACGCAGGGAUUCGCCUUUUUGUUCCGGUACUACCGGGAUCGGCUCGCGGACGCGGACGCGAAGGAAAAGGAGGAGGAGGAUGGCGAUAGCGGGGAGAGGAGGAGGAGGAGAAGGAGGUUCGUGGCGCAGCGGCAGGAGGCGCACUUCAAUAUCGCGCGGGCGUACUCGCUUCUUGGGUUGGGAAAUCUGGCGGUGGAGUACUACAAGAAGGUCUUUGAGGAGGGUGCGGCGGAUGAAGAGGGGGAGGGGGGGAUGAUGGGGAGUGAGGAUCUCAGGGUGGAGGCGGCGUUCAAUGUGAGGACGCUGUGUUAUUUGCUGGGGGAUUUUGAGGGGGCAAGGGGGGUCGCCGGGAAAUGGUUGGUUUUGGAGUGA